GCAUCAAGACGAAAAUCACUCACAGGAUCUUCAGAGCAUCAAGAGCAAGAGAAAAAAUGAAAUCUGCUGCAGUUUUUGUUCUGUUUGCUGGUCUACUUAUACUUCAUGUAGAAGGACAGGCCAGUACCAGCGUAAGGAGAUGUUUGUGUAUGGGUCCUGCCGCUAACGCAGUUCGUCUACAACUUGUGGACAAGAUUGAAGUGUAUCCUGUUAGCGCAUCUUGUGAAAAUGUUGAAGUCAUUGUCACUCUGAAGAACGGAGCAGGGAAAAAGUGCUUGAAUCCCAAUUCUGGAUUUACUCAGAAAUACAUCAAGGCAGCUUUAAAAAAAAGGAGUGCAGCGUAAAGCCUGCAGCGUGUCAUGACUGAACAGAUGUGGAAGAAGCUUUCUAAAAAUAUUUAAAAUGCUGUAUAUAUGUAUAUAUGAUAUUUUUGCUGUUUAAUUUAUGAGAAUUACUUCUGUGUAUUGUUGGAUUUAUAUAGUUCUAAGAAACUGUUGAAAAUCUAUUGUUUUUAAUAUAUCUUAACCCACUAAAUAAUAAUAAAGUCAGCACAUA